AUGCCCAUAAUUGCUUUACAACUCUUAAUAACGUCCGGUUUUGCCGGCUGGUCUGAGGCCAGCGUUAUCAUCGAUAUGAAUAACAUGUUGCGCGAUACCUCAACGGAAUCAAUGAACACAAUGCCCUCGACAAUGUCAUCGAUGGCAGCAACCGCGUCCUCCUCCUCCUCGGCGGCCUACGAACAUCGACAAAUGACCGAAAAUAUUUUGCGCAGCGACAACGAUGGCACUGAUGAUAAUGGCCUGUACAACAGCUACAAUGAACCCAGUGCCGAGCUGUUGCGUUUUGUCGAUGAUGAUGACAGCGACAACAGUGAGGAUGCAACAGAUUCUGAUUAUGUCCAGGGUGGAUCUGCAGAUAACAGCGUUGACAAUGAAAUCCAUUUGCCAUCGCGACAAAGCCGCCAAUCCAACACGAACAACAUCCAUGAUGAGGAUGACAACGACAAUAACAACAACUCAUAUAUGCAGUCAUUAUCGUUAAGAGAUCAGGUCCGUCUAUUAUCAAAACAAUUGAAUGUUUUAAUGAAUCGUCGCCGCGAGGAUUAUGAGCUACUGGAACGUAAUUUACGUAAAUCUCUAAGGAUAACGCAGGACAAACAUUCCGAUGCAGCAGCAGGAGCACAGGAUGAACAAACAAACCCGAAUAAUGAUUUGGAUUUACGCAAAGAAGUGGAAACAUUAAGACGUGAAGUUCAAGAGCUACGCAAUGGCCAUUUACUGGGCACCACCAUUAUCGGUGCCAACGGCGGCCACAAAGAACGCCUCACCAUCGAAUGGCUGCAACAGUCUGUCGGCGAGCUGAGAAAACAACUUGUAGAAUUGCAAUCCCUGGCCAGCAAUGCGAUGCGAGAUGUAAACACACGCACCCAAAGCUGGGAGGAUUUAACCACAAUUCGUAGUGAUUUCCAACAACUUAAGCUGGAAUUAGCCGCACUCAAAGAACGCCAACAACAGACCGAUGUCUAUGUACAGGAGCUGCGUGAAGAGACCGAACAGCAGGAAGAGGAUUACAAACGUCUGGUCAUGCAUUUGAACCAAAAACAAACGUCUGUGGCCAAGGAUAAUGCCGAUGAUGACAGCACAAAUGCAGAACAACAACAACAAAGUUUAGAGGUAACGACACAAACACCAAGAACUCUACCAUCCGUUGAUCUCUUGGCCGACCACAAACGGCGCCAUGUCCGCUACCAACGUCAACAGCUGCACGAACUACAAUUGGCCCAGCGUCAGCUACGCCGUCAAUUCAAUGAAUUGAAAUAUCAUCGUAUCGGUGAACGUGUUCGCAGCAUUGAAAUCGAACAGCAUCGUGUUGCUGAUGCCAACUUCAAUCUUUCGCGGCAAAUUGCUUCUCUGGAUAAGUUACAUACAUCGAUGCUCGAACUGUUGGAAGACGUUGAACAGGUCCAAACGAAAGUCGAUAAAAAUCUACCCGAAUUACGUCACGAAAUUUCCAAAUUGGAAUUCGGUCAUGCACAACUGAUGUCCGAACAGAAUCUGGUGCGUGAGGAGGGCAAAAAUGUGGCACGUUCAUUGCAGGCAUUGGCCUACAGUGUUGGUACACUGCAGGAGGAACGUGAUGGGGUGCGUCGCAUGCAAUCAAGUGUGGGUGAAAUGCGUACGCAAUUGGAUCGUUUGCAAACAAUGGUCGAUGAUAUACAAAGAGCUUUGCAGCAUCGUCAGCAUCGUGGUGGUGCCGCACAUAUAAAUAAGAAAUCCAAUCAUCAUCAACGCCAUCAUAACAACAACAGCAACAACAAUAACGAUAAGGAUAAUGAAUCGGAAGACAACUCACCACAAAAUGCCGAAUCGCUGGUAGCCAAAUUGGAAAAUGUCGAACAACAAUUCGAAUCAAUUAUUGCCAAACUGCCGAGAGAUUGCAGUGAAGUGACACCCUCCGAGACCACAACUAAUGAUGGCCUAUAUCUUAUUGCUCCCGCCGGCGAUCAUCACCCCCAGAUGGCCCAUUGCACGCCGGACGGUUGGACCACCGUGCAACGGCGUUAUGAUGGCUCGGCCGAUUUUAAUCGUUCAUGGGAAGACUAUGCCAGCGGCUUCGGUUCACCGGCUGGUGAAUUUUGGAUUGGCAAUGAACAAUUACAUCACUUGACACUGAACAAUUGUACACGACUCCGCGUCCUCAUGCAGGACAUUUACGAUAAUGUCUGGCUGGCCGAAUACAAUCAAUUUUACAUAUCGUCACGGUCCGAUGGCUAUCGUUUGCAUAUUGGCGGCUAUAGUGGUAAUGCAUCCGAUGCAUUGGACUAUCAGCAGGGUAUGCAAUUCUCGGCCAUCGAUGUGGAUCGUGACAUAUCACAAACGCACUGUGCUGCCAACUAUGAGGGUGGGUGGUGGUUCUCGCAUUGUCAGCAUGCAAAUUUGAAUGGUCGCUACAAUUUGGGUCUGACAUGGUUUGAUGCGCAACGAAAUGAAUGGAUUGCCGUUAAAUCGAGUCAGAUGAUGAUUAAACGUCAGUCGCAUGAGACGUGUAAUUAUGGUGGUGGUGGUAAUAGUGAUUUGACGACUGCCACAUCGACGGUGUCGGAAACAACAACAGCGACAGCCACAACAACGACAACGACGACGACGUUGACAAUAAACUCUGACAAGUCGAUACCCUUAAAUAAUCUAAGACCUGUUGAUGGGCUAACCGAUACAGAUUCCAUGGAAUCUGUGUAG